AUGGAGGAUCCCCUACCUCGCCAUUACACUCCACUGGCGAUCGGGCAAUACAAUAGGAGUGCGGACCCAUAUGAUCACUUGGCCAAGUUCGACAACGCGGCCACACUGCACCAAUACACCGAUGGGGUGAAGUUGUCGAUCGGGUCCAUCCGUAGCUUCAAGGAUUUCCGAGUCACCUUCCUGCACCAUUUUGCGAGCAGUCGUCGACAUCAGAAGACUAGUGUCAAUUUGUUCUCGCUGAAGCAAGGUCCUCGAGAAAUGCUCAUGACCUAUAUCCAGCGCUUUAACCAGAUGGCGAUGGAUGUACCAGCAGUCUCCACGGAUGUACUUGUGAACGCUUUCACCCAGAGACUCAUGGAAGGAGAAUUCUUUCGGUCACUCAUCCGCCGGCCACCGAGAGAUUUCACCCAUCUGCAAAAGAAAGCCACGAAAUACAUCAAUGUGGAGGAAGCACAGGCGUCCCGCAGAAAAGAAACACCCGCUGAGCCCCACGCGCCAGCCGAACGAAGGGUGCCCAGCAACCACCAACCCCCGCGUGGACCCCGGGCCACAGGAGUACAACAGUAUCCCGAGUCAAGGAUGCAUGCAGUGCAUAUGGAGACCAAUCUACAGAAGAAGAGCAAAAAAUGGACCCCAAUGUUAUGUAAAUUCCACCAGUCAGGAACGCACAACAACUGGGAGUGCCGAGGCGACCCUAAUGUACACCGACCGAAGCCGAGGGAAUACUGA